AUGACCGGCGACGAGAAGCAUUGGGAAUCUGAGGCUCUUUCUCUGAGGAGAAUUGCCUUCUUCGGAGUGGCCCUCUCAACCGUGGCUACGCUCGUCUGCAUAAUCUCCGUGCCGAUGCUGUACAAUUACAUGCAACAUAUGGCAUCGGUUAUGCAGAACGAAGUCGACUUCUGCAAAUCUCGCUCUGGAAACAUGUGGAGAGAGGUCACCCGCACGCAGGCACUAGCAGCCCCCACUAGGAAAGCCCGUCAGGCCGGCGGUGGAUGCUGCGGAUGCGGUGUUUCUCCAGCUGGACCACCUGGACCGCCAGGACAGGAUGGGCAACCCGGAGCUGACGGCCAGCCUGGACAACCCGGAAGAAACGGACCUGAUGCACCACCAGCCACUCCAGCUCCCAAUUACACGCCAUGCUUUAAUUGUCCUCCUGGUCCUCCUGGACCACCUGGAAACCCAGGUAACAAGGGAGCACCUGGAAACCCUGGAUCUGAUGGGCAGCCAGGUAACGCUGGAAAUCCUGGAGGAGCUGGUCCCAUGGGACCUCCAGGACCACCAGGUAAUGCUGGCCAACCAGGGAAUCCUGGAGCUCCCGGAGCUCCAGGAGUGCUUACUCAGGGACCCGGCCUACAAGGUCCACCUGGACCACCAGGACCUCGAGGAGCUCCUGGUCCUGAUGGACAGCCAGGAGGUCCAGGAAACCCAGGAAGAGAUGGCGGACCAGGACUGCCCGGAGACAAUGGACCACCAGGUCCACCAGGACAGCCUGGAAGCGAUGGAAGGCCAGGGGAUGACGGUGAGGGUGGACGCCAAGGAGGUUGCGACCAUUGCCCACCUCCUCGCACUGCUCCAGGCUAUUAA